UUAGCACGCUGCGAAGGUAACGAAAGAGAAAACUGAUUAGAAAACUGCACAUUGGGACGAAUCUCCGAGGCUGAAAUAUUGUAAACAUUUGCAGCACUGAAACCAAGUACGAUCAUGGGACCUUCACUUCAAAGCGUCUUGAUUUUGGGCUUUGUAUUCGUUCAACUGCUGGGCAAUACCCAGGCUCAAGACUACUCCUCGUACUGCGAGGAAAUAGCCCUGAGGGUAGAUGAGACCAGAUGCUUGACACGCCAAAAUUCCGAGAGGCCCCAAGUAUGCGAUGUUGCCCAAUACUUGGACAAUUGUAUAAGUUGUGAAUUGGGUCAGCAGUCAGACCAGUCUAUCAAGACCUGCGUCCAGCAAGUACCUACUAGUACGGGAACCAUCCGAGCCUCUUUCCUUAUGUGUUGUGAAGAACCAGAUUAUACAGGAAAGGCCGACUGCUGCAACGCAGGAAAACAGGCUACCAACUGCGAUGAAGAUGCUGAAGCUUACGGCGAUGAGCAACGUUGCAAGUCGACAUUUCUAACCUGCUGUUACUGUUCCCAGAGGGCGGCAUUGUCUGAUCCGCUUUCUCGAUCAUGCAGCGAACGAGCAGAUUUUGGGAGUAACCUAUGCCAAAGUGCCUUCCUUGAGACAUGUGAAAACCAAUAAUUUUUUUUUCAGAAGAGGAACCAAAAAUACAAAAUUUUAUGGGAAUUGGUUUCAAAAAGGUUCCAACUGGUUCCAGUCCAUAUUCUUUUCUUCAAAAACCAGUUUUAUCUCUAUAGGUCAGGAUAUUAAGCCUAGUUAAACCUGUUCAAUCAUACAUUAAGUAAUAAAACAAGCAUGCGGUACUUACCUGUCCCAAGUAUAUAAAUUUCAUAAGUGUAUUUUAUGGCCAGCGGUAAUAAAAAGAUAAAGUCUUUUUUUUUUUGUUACAUCUAAUUGAAAAUCCGGGAUUUAAUAGGCAUAUGGGUGACUUUAUGUAUCAAUGCAUGUUGAGCGUUAUUAUAAAAAUAUUGACUCAGAUACACCAUAUAAAAAGUAUGUGUAGUUGUUAAGAAACACUGAAAUUCGUUAUUUCAGACACAGGUUUAGCUAUUGAAGGGCAACUACAUUUAAAACCGUUUACUUUUAUAUAGUUAUCAUAAUUCAGUUAUUUUGUAAGACCAAAAAACUUCAUGCAAUUAAGUUUGGAUGCAAUGUUUUGAACUAAUAAGUGAGAUGGAACUGGCAUCUGGAGGAAAGUGUCCAGAAACGUGGUCAAAUAUAGUUUCAAUAAUUCUCUCUCUCUCUCUCUCUCUCUCUCUC